GAGUAUAUAAGGUUGGGAGAGGGGUAACAUCAUCACGUUCAAGCAAACCACCAAACCUUCAACAUGAACACCGCUAAACUAUCUCUUGGCUGUGUAGUCAUGGUGGCCUGCCUCUGCUUGAGCUCUGCAGGAGUUCUACGUGAAGAGGAGGAAGGAGCAGACCAUCACCUUGUUAGAAGACAAGAUGGAGGAGACGUUGAAAUCUCCAUUGAUGCAAAGCAUUUCCGUCCCGGUGGCGGUCGUCCUAAUCGGCGUCCUAACCGUCCCUACGGAAAUAAUGGUUACAACAACGGUUAUGGAAACAAUGGUUACAACAGCGGUUAUGGAAACAAUGGUUACAACAGCGGUUAUGGAAACAAUGGUUACAACAACGGUUACGGUAACAAUGGUUACAACAAUGGUUAUGGAAACAAUGGAUUUAAUAAUGGAUAUAACGGAUACAAUAACGGUUAUGGCGGUGGAAGUCCUUUUGGGUUCCGAAGUGCUAACGAAGAUGGAAAUCAAAACUCAGUACAAAAUUAAAUGUUUUUGUUUGUGGAUAUUUGUGAAUAAUAAAAUGGACAAAAGCUU